GAGUUAAGAAACUUGAAACCUUGUUUGCGCAACAAUCAGUGCAGCAGAGAGCCGCCAAAGUGUCUAGACUGGCACAUGAUGGGAGGCAGCCAAUGACUCCAGUUCUCUCCUAGGGGGCCCUGUGUGUGUUUUAGAAGAACAAAAAAGAGAGAGAGAAAGAGAGAGCGAGAGAGAGAGAGAGGGAGAAGGGGAAAGAAAGAAAGGCACAGUGCUCUUUAAACAGAUCCCAUCGCAACAGAGCAAGCAGAAGUCACUUUUUGGGGUGGGGGCUGCUCCAGGACCAUAUUCCAGGCGUUCCAACGUGCAGGAUAGUGGAUUGGUGUUUUUUGUUGGUGUUUUCCUUAAUUAAGGAUUUCCAGCCGCUCUCUCCGGGAUAUUUACAAUUUCCAUUCAUGUGCUGAAACGUGUGUGGGUUGUUUUUUUUUCUUUUGUUGUUGUUUUGUUUUGUUUUUUUUAAAGGGAAAUAACUCCCAAGUGUCUCCAAGUCUAGGACCCGGUGCAAGUGUACUGAUCCAGAGCAGCCGUUCCGGAUUUGCCACCUCCCCUGUUACUGUUUUCAUGGCAAAGAAAGACAGUCGAUGGGGCUAGUUUUCAAGGAAGGGAUUUUUGUUUGAGCAGCAGCAGCAGCAGCAGCCGCGUUUGCCUUUGACCCCUCUGGCUGCUUUGUCUUUGGCUGCAAAUUGCUAGUAAAUGCAGGGCAUCUCCUGAGCGCCUCCCGGGCCCGCCGCUGCCAAGGAGCGUUUGCAGGCGACCCCCCCGCCCCACGCCCCCCAGUGUGUGUCGAUGUAGCCCCCCGCGGCGCGUCCUCGGCCCUGGCUUCCUCCCCUCCCCGCCGUCUCCCUCAUGUUUCAGCCCCGUCGCAGUCUCCCGGCGAUUAGCUGUGCAAGGCUUUUGCACGGCGGUGCGAGGGGCCGCCGCUUCAGGCGGGGUGGCGAUCGCGGGGCUUGCGCCGGGGAAGGAGCGGGCAUCAAAUAAAAUCAUCCCCCUCCCCCCCCGGAAAAAAAAACCCCCCGAAAUUACCAGCUCCGAGCUGUCGUAUGUUCAGGUCCAAACGCGCAGGGCUUGUGCGGCGACUUUGGAGAAGCCGUGUCGUCCCGGACAGGGAAGGGGGAGAUGGGAGCUCCAGGCACAGCCACGACCACGGGGGUGGCCCCAGCCGCAGCAAAACCCCGGAGAAAAACCCCUCCUCGGAAAUCCGCCCGGUAACCCGCACCCUGGCGAGGGACCCCGCGGAGCUGCGCGCCCGGGAGCCGGGCCAGGCGGGCAGGGGGGGCCCCGCGGCGGAGCGGGACGGGCCCCGGGGCUGCCCCGGGCGGCGGCAGCGGCCGGCGGAGGACGGGGAGGAGGAGAGCCCGUGGCGGGCGCCGGAGCGCGAGGGCAAAACCGUGACUUGCUGCCUCUUCAAGGAGCGGGAGCCGGGCAGCCCCGGGCCCGCGGGCGCCUCCCCCCGCGGCCGGGAGCGGCGGUCCCGCGACUUCAGCCGGCCGGAGCCGCGCAGCCGGGAGGCCAGGUCCCGGCUCCUGCUGCUGGAGCAGGAGCUCAAGUCCGUCACCUACUCGCUGCUGAAGCGGCUGAAGGAGCGGUCGCUGGACAGCCUGGUGGAGGCGGUGGAGUCCCGCGGGGGGAUGCCCGGCGGCUGCGUCCUGGUCGCCCGCACCGAGCUGCGCCUCGGGGGCCAGGCGGCGCCCCCGCAGCUGCUCCUGGGCAAGCUGUUCCGCUGGCCGGACCUGCAGCACCCGGCGGAGCUGAAGCCGCUGUGCGAAUGCCAGAGCUUCGGGCGGGCCGACAGCCCCACGGUCUGCUGCAACCCCUACCACUUCAGCAGGCUCUGUGGGCCAGAGUCUCCCCCGCCUCCUUAUUCUCGGCUGUCUCCUCAUGACGAGCAAAAGCCACUGGAUCUAUCAGAUUCCACGUUGUCUUACACUGAAACAGAGGCUACUAACUCACCACACAUCACUCCUGGAGACUUCUCAGAUGCCAGUAUGUCACCUGAUGCCAUUAAGCAGAGCCACUGGUGUAAUGUUGCCUACUGGGAACAUCGGACUCGUGUGGGACGCCUCUACACAGUGUAUGAACAGUCUGUCAGUAUAUUUUAUGACCUACCUCAAGGAAAUGGCUUCUGCCUCGGACAGCUAAACCUGGAAAAUAGGAGUGAGACUGUUAGAAGGACUCGAAGUAAAAUUGGCUAUGGGAUUUUACUUAGCAAAGAACCGGAUGGUGUGUGGGCCUACAAUCGCAGUGAGCAUCCUAUCUUCGUCAACUCCCCAACACUGGACAUUCCCAAUUGUAGGACUUUAAUAGUACGCAAAGUGAUGCCUGGCUAUUCGAUAAAGGUAUUUGAUUAUGAGAAGUCUUGCCUCUUACAACACGCCACGGAUCUGGAUUAUGCAGAUGGGCCCUACGACCCAAACAGCGUUCGGAUAAGCUUUGCUAAAGGAUGGGGGCCAUGUUACUCGAGACAAUUCAUCACGUCAUGUCCUUGUUGGUUGGAGAUAUUACUCAGCAACAGUAGAUAACAAUCAGCCUCUGCCGAAAGAAAGGGAAAAAAAAGAGAGAGAGGGAGAGAGAGAGAAACAAACACAGACUAUCCCAAAUAUCAUCUACCUAGAUUUAAUAUAAAGUUUUAUAUAUUAUAUGAAAAUAUAUAUUAUACUUGUAAUUAUGGAGUCAUUUUUACAAUGUAAUUAUUUAUGUAUGGUGCAAUGUGUAUAUGGACAAAAAAAGGAAAAUGCACUUUGGCUUAUAUAAUUCUUACAAUACAGAUUUAAAAAAAUUAUACAGCAAAAAUAGGAAAAAGCCCUAAUUUUGAUGUAUGGUUUUUUGAAAUAUUAUUAAUACCAGACAAAAAGCUAAUACCAGUCACUCAUUGAUAAUAAAGUAUUCGCAUAUAGGGGG